UUUCAAUCAGUAUUCAUGACCAAUGAAAAGUAAAAAUAUCAAUUAAUAAGUGCAUGUUGUGCGUAUAAAAGAAUUGUUCAGAUAAUGAUAUUUCUAAUUGUAUUGGAUUAUUAGGAAACAGAAAUACAUCUAAGUUAGUCUCAGGGAAGGCAGCCAAGACAAUCAAUUUAAAUUAAUUUAAACCUCACCGAGGGACAAUCAACUUCUUAAUUCUAUAAAUCAUGGAUUUAUCUAGGUUUUUCCUGUUAAGCUCUAUAGCCAUUUUCAACAUUGAUGUUAUAACCUGUGAUCCAGUUAAUACAGAAAACACUUUAGAAAAAAGGAUAAAUAGUUUACGACAAAGACGUGAGUUAGCUGCACCUCCAUAUCAUUUUACCUGCACACAGGCAAAUGGCUACUUCCAAGACAUCUAUGAUUGUACACAAUAUUGGAAGUGUACAGACAGUGUUCCAAAAAUAAUGAAAUGUCCUUAUCUAAAUCGUUGGAGUGAAACUAAGAAAAAUUGUGACUGGAGAUUUAGAACAACUUGCAAUGAAGCUGACUAUACAAUUCCAACUACCUUGGCCCCAACGACAGUAGAGUCGGAAGACCAGGCAUUCUGUAAGGAAUACAGUCAAAAGACUGAAGGAUGUAUAACAUACGUGUGUUGGAUGGCACAAUGGAUAUUCUUGGACUAUGACAAAUCUGAAGCAAAGAAAUCAGAAUGCUGUUCACUUUAUGGCGGUUGUUAGGAAAUUUCUGAAAUAAAUUCUUUAAGGGUAACUGGUUCGAAAAAGUUUUUCACCUAGCAAGAUAAGAGCCUGCAAUCUGUUUAAUACAUUGUAGGCCUAGUACGGGAAUUUCUUAGACAAUGACAUGACACAACCAUUCUUUUAUCAACCCUGGGACUCAUUAUGACCCUCUGAUGACACUUUUGAAAUGGAUAACUUUUGACCAAAAUUACCAAAACCAUCCUCUGAACGCAGCAAUGAGACAUCAUCCAUGACAUUCCUUCCUGAUUCUUGGAGUAAUUACCAAAACAUGAUCUUUUGAUUGUCUUCUAGAAAGCCCAUGGUUGCACAUAUUGAAAGAUUGACCCUUCUAAAUAUAAAGUAAAUGAGCAGAUAUAAUGGUUCUUUACUAGUUUAUCUGGAUAAAAUACAGAAGCACACAAAGGAGAAUUCAUUUUUUUCGAUUUGAAAUACAAUUCUGGGAAUACAAUAAAGUACUUUAUUGUAUGAACUGUGAAAUGAAGCCCUCUGAUUGGUCAGUUCUUGUGUUGUACCAAUCUGUAUUGCUACUGAGAUUGUCCCCGUUGAUCAUCUCCGUCGC